ACCUCAGCUUCACUUCUUGCCUAGGCAGCCUGCGGGCUGGCAGCAGGCCACCAGGGAACUUGCUGCAGUAGCCUUUAACUAGUUUGACGGAGAGCCGGCCGGCGCGCCCGGCCAACUCCAAACCAGCCAUGGCAGAACAACACCCGAGCGGUUAUGACACGGCGGACAAGGGCCGCAAGGGCUCGGUGGUGGGCGAGCAGUACCGGGAGGGCAUGCGGCAGCCGCGAGGAGGUGGCGCGCCGCCGGAGCGGCCGCCCACCAACGAGGAGGUCGCCAAGGCAGUGCAGCAGAAAGUAGCGGCCGCAGUGGAGAUGAGCCGCAAGUAUCGGCACGUGGCCUGGUACUCGCUAUUCGUGGCGGCGUACAUGGUGGUGCUGUACCUGCAGGCUUCUGCCUACAAAUCCGGCGAGGUGGUUGAGACCAUGAAGAAGCUGUUCCUGCCUGAGGACGGCUCCACCACCAUGACCUUCAGGAACGAGGACGAGGUGCUCGAGUACCUGGGGUCCAAGGUGCUGCUGCCCAUCUGGAAGGACCCGGUGUGCGGUGACGGCAAUUGCGAGUGGCCCUGGGAGUUCCCCUCGUGGGGACGAUUCGGCUGCCGCGCAGACUGCGGCCAGAACACCAACACCACGUCUGUGGUGGUGAACGUGCGCGCUGACUUCACCGGCCACCCCUCCAUCAGCGCGCGUGUGCUCAUGAACAACGCCAAGUGGAACCUGUGCCUGGAGGACGAGGCGCGGAGGAAGCGAGGCGAGGCGGACCUGUGCUGGUACGAGGACGACCAGACAUUCACAGAGGUGCAGGUCAACAGCAUCAACGCCGCACAGGUUAUCGACGGCAAGUGGUACGUGAUUGUGAAGGGCGACUACGCGGGCCGUGUCAGUGGUGCCAUCUACGACAUCUCCAACUCCACCAACCCCAUCGCCAUUCCCACCACGCCCGCCUGGGAGGCGUGCAAGCUGGUGCGCCGCCGCCGCGUGAGCGCCACGCAGACCGCAAUGCGCCGACUGCUGGCCGCGUACACGCAGGCGCACAAGGUGGGCGGCGAGGGGGGGCGCCGCAUCAUCCAGGAGGCUGUGGAGGAGAUCUCCCAAAUGGACGGCCUCAAGCACAUCAACUUCAACAAGUACCAGUCCAAGCUGGCGUCCGCGGCCGACUCGGCGGCUGGCUCCGCAGCGGACGCAACGGUGGCUGCGGGAACCGCGGCGGUGUAAGCCUUGGUGUAGGCCCAUCGGCGGAUUGGGCAGCAAGCGACUUCAAGACUGUCUCGACCUGGUGUCGGGGACGGACGUGUGACACACAUAUGACCUAAAUUGGACGGAAGGGCGGAGGUGCUGGGGACUAACUAGUGGAAACGGGACGUGUGGGGGCGUGUGGUGAUGGAUGCUGGUGGGUGGGCACAUCAGGGGUUACGUUGAUGCGCGUGUGUGCACCCGGGUGAAAUCUUUCGUGCGUGACCGCAGUAGUGCGACUCGUGUUGGCGCCAUUGAUUUGUAGCUUUGAUUAUUCAUCGUGCGCGGCGUGCUGUGCGAGCUAUUCGUGUAUAUGAUGCAUACGGUGUUCAGAAGGCCGGGCUGAUGCAGGGGCAAUCACUGGCCGGCAGCAAUGCGCUGUGCAUGGACUGCCAGCAGUGUGCGCACGUGCCGCUGUGCAAGUGGCACGUGGUCUGCGGCAACGCUGUAACAUGAAGGAAGAACAAGCUACCGUACACGCAUGUAACACUUAUGUGUU